UUGUCCAAUUCAAAUAUGCCUAGUAGCCUGCUAUUUGCCAACAGCAGUGAAGGUAGAGUUUAUACCUUAUCAACCAGUUCUGCUGCGUGGAGGGAAUUUCCCUACAAUGGUCUGGAAUUCAAGAAAAUCUCAGCUGUUCCCAACUUUAUGUGGGCUAUUGGCGGUGACCGCCAAGUUUACGUUCACGUACAUGGCCUAGAUGUACCCAUACGAGUGAAGGAGGAAUCAUAUGAAAAUGAACGUUGGUUGCCAAUCGAAGGAUUCUCAAAAACCCUAUUGCCCACAGAUCGCUUCAAAUAUUCUUCAGCCGAUGGCCAGCAAGACAGAUCCAUAGAGAAAAUACGGCUGCCAUCGAUGGCAUGGCAGUGGGACGGUGACUGGCACUUGGAGCUGGACUUGGAUGGAAAUUCCCUGGGUGAAGAUGGUUGGAUGUACGCUCUAGAUUUUCCAGCCACAUAUUCGGCGAAGAAAUCUUGGAAUUCAUAUGUUCGACGACGUAAAUGGGUGAGGUUUCGUCGCUACAGUGCAUUGAAUUGUUGGUGUGCUGUGGCCCCACUACACAAAGAUCCCACCCAGGAGCCUUUUACCGAUGUGGCCAUAGGCGGUACAAAUAUACCAAAUGCACCAACGGGAACAUUAGUGGUUUGGGCUAUAACAGCCCAUGGCAGGGCAAUGUUUCGUAGUGGUGUUUCAGCAACAGCACCAGAAGGUCUUCGCUGGACAACUAUUCCAACACCACCCACCUGUGAAUUGGCCCAAUUAAGUGUUGGUCCCACUGGUCUGGUUUGGGCGGUACUUUUCAAUGGUCAUGCCAUUGUACGUUCAGGCGUAACGCGUGAAAACCUCUCUGGCGAUGCUUGGCUGGAUGUUAAGGCACCAUCCCAUGCCAACAACCAGGAACCCACUAGUGGUUUGAAAAUAGUUCAAAUUUCCGUUGGCACAAAUGCUGUCUGGUGCGUUUGUAAUGAUUGCAGCGUAUGGUUUAGACGUGGCAUAAAAGGUGACUUGGCAGGGGUAUGUGAAGAUGCCGCCAUUGGCAGCGGUUGGGUGGAAAUGAUAGGUAAUAUAUCAAUGGUUUCGGUGGCUGCCAAUGAUCAGGUAUUUGCAAUUGGUUCUGCCGAUCGUGCCCUUUAUUACAGGUUUGGUGUCACACCUUCCGACCCCACAGGGAAAAAAUGGCGUUUAAUACAAUUGCCAAUGCAAGUUAGUCGUACGUCAAGUUCUAUGUCGAUAGCCUCACGACGAAGCGGUAGUUCAUCAACACCCGGCUCAAAACAACAGAGUUUUUCCAAUCUUUAUAAUAAGGAAAAAGAAAAAGGCGUCGUGGAAACCUGUGCGCCAAUAGAAAAUGUUGUCUCUAGUAACAACAGCAACCAUGGUCCGCCGUCAAGAUUGAAAGGAGAACUCUAUCGGCAUUAUUCAGAUUCACCACCCAACAUCGGUAGUUUAAAUUUAAACGAACGUCACAAGAAACGCACUUCGGCCUUAAGAGAGUUGACGCAUGCGUCUAGUGCUCCUGGUACAACUGAGGUGGCCGAAGUUAGUGGCAAAGCUUAUGAAACACAUUUAAAAAAUCCCCGGGCAUGGUCGCCGGUACGAAGUGUUGGUUCCAUGGUAGGCACUGAGGCUCAUCCGGAAAGUGAUUCGACUGUGUUUGAUGCCGAUUCAACACAUCAUGGUUCUGAUGCAUUCCUAGAUGAUGAUGAUCAUGCUGGUUCCCAGUUUUGGACUGAAUGUGAAAUUAUGUGGUCUUAUAUAACAGCUGGUGCUGUUACCAUUAAUCCCAGCAAUUUACCCAAUUGGUUUAACGAUCAAAAUUCUCCAGUCGACAACCAAAUAAAUGUAGACUCUGCAUGGCGCCAAGAUAUUUUGGAAAAAUUACGAAAACGGCAGGAAACCUUCAAUAGCCUAGUGAGCCAAGCUAAAUAUGAGAAAGCUGUUGAGCUUUCGUCUUGGAUAAAAACAGCAGAAGCACGCUAUCAGCGACCCGGCUGUCAGGAUUUUGAAGACUGUCUCAUUGAACUGGAAUGGGUGAGUGGCAGUUCGGCCACAACGCCCACAUCACAGAAUCCAACAAUUCAAAAAGAUUCUGAUUCGGGCACAUUUACCGUACUGAAUCCUGAUGGGGUUACUGCGAAAAUACAAUUUUCCCUAUCAGCCAUCACAUGUGUUAUGUGCUGCAGUGAACCUGCUUCCCCACGAUUGGCCAUACAUGUAACAAGUCUUGUAAGUUCAAAUUGUUCACCGGUUCGCCUACUCUUCUCCAGUGAUAGUGAAAUGGAAGAUUGGCUUUCACAUCUAACAUCGGUGUGUUGUCAAAUAAAUGAAGUGGUAGCUAAGCCGGCAAACAAUUCCAUCUGGGCCACUACAGAAUUGGGUGAUGUUUUUGUCUUCGAUCCGGCUAAUAUGAAAGCGCAACAGUGGGAAAGUUCUACAAAUAGUUAUAAACAAGAAAUGGAUGUCAGUACCCUAGAGACUCCGUACUAUAAUACUCUACAUAAUGGAAUGCCUUGUGGAUCAGAAUUGAUUAUAUCUGGCUGUGUUUAUGAUGAUGCUGAUCAAAUACGUUUCGAUUUACAGUGUCAUUCGUCACUUAAAGUUGGUGUAAAAGUUGAAAAACAUCGUGUUAUUGCUAUGCACUUAAACCCUAGAUUCAAUGAAAAUACAACAGUGUUAAAUACAAUGGAAAAUUCCGAGUGGCAAAAUGAAACACGCUAUGAUAAAAUGGUAUUCGCACCCGGAACAACAUUUACUCUGAAAAUAAGAGCCCUGGAAACUCACUAUGCCGUUAUGGUGAACAAUUCAUAUUUUGUUGAUUACAAAUAUCGUGUUGAUCCCGACUCGGUAACAUGUCUGUAUGUAAGUGGUCGAGUAAAACUCUUCAACGUUAUCUAUCGUUGCCCCAGUGUCAUUUUAAAUCCACAAUUAAUGUUUUGGCGACAAAUUGGCGGUCACAUUAAGAAAGUUUUCAGUUGUUCCGCCGGUGUCGUUUGGGGCAUGACAUGCGACAAUACAGCAUGGGUAUACAACGGUGGUUGGGGUGGUAAUUUCUUAAAGGGACUGGAAGGGAAUGUGGGUAAAAUUAAUCCCAUGAUAGAUACACACAACUAUUAUGUGUAUGAAAAUCAACGCUGGAAUCCAAUAAGCGGGUUCACCACCAAAAGCUUACCUACCGAUCGAUUUAUGUGGAGCGAUGUAACCGGACGACAGAAGCGUAGCAAGGAGCAUACAAAACUCCUGUCAUCACACUACGAAUGGAUAUCCGAUUGGGCGAUCGAUUAUAAUAUACCCGGUGGCUGUGAUAAAGAAGGAUGGCAAUAUGCUAUUGAUUUUCCUGCCACUUAUCAUGCUCAAAAACGUCUAACCGACUGUGUAAGACGUCGUCGUUGGCUGAAGAAGUGCCGGCUGGUCACCAGUGGACCUUGGCAGGAGUUAAGCCAUUCGAAAAUACUCGAUGCUGCAUUACAGGUAUUACCAAGCGACAAUAAUAGCGUCAACAGUGAGAAUAUCGAGGAGAUAUCAAUAUGUGCCUGGGCCAUAGCUUCCAACGGCGAUGUGCUGUAUCGUCAUGGUGUGACAUCAUUAAAUCCUAAAGGAGAUAACUGGGAACAUAUACCAAGUGAACAGCCCCUGAUAGCGAUUAGUAUUACACCAGCAGGACAAGUUUGGGUUUUGGGUAAAAAUGGUACAAUAUUCUAUCGUUACGGUAUAACGCAAUUAAAUCCCUUGGGAGAUGCAUGGCAACCCAUUGAUGCUCCAAGUGGUACUAAAUUUAAAGCAAUUUCUGUGGGUCAGGCUGGUGUAUGGGCCUUAGAUAGCACAAAUCGUUUGGCUGUACGCAAAGAGAUAACCAAAACAUUCCCAGAGGGUUCCCACUGGCAAUUUCUGCCAAAUGUUGCAAAUAUACCACCGCACACUGAUACCCAUUUGGGCUUCAAGGCAAUAUCUGUGGGAACCGAAGUAUGGGCCGUUGCCAUGAAUGGGGUACUUUGUCGACGUUGUGGUAUUACAAAAGAUAAUCCAGCUGGUGCUGGCUGGAGUAUGGGUAUACCGGGACAAUGGCAGCAUUUAUCGGUAGCUAGUUUUUCAUAAAGAAAUUAUGAACAUAAUAAA